AUGGAUGAGGAUCAAGGCCCGUCCGUGAUCACGCCGACGAACUCGCAGCCGGCAAAGCGCUCUCUGCCAGCCCGCACAGUGGAGAAGUUCCGCAAAACCUUCCUCACCAAGGAGGGCCUCAUCGGCAACUACGACUAUGCUUUCCUCUUCCGUCCGAACCUCCCCUUCAUGAAGAAAUCCGACCGGCCGGCGCCCUUCUUCGGACUGAAUGACCGCAUGCCCGUGCUGCUGGCCCUCAUCCUGGGCUUCCAGCACGCCCUGGCCAUGCUUGCCGGCAUCAUCACCCCACCCAUCAUCAUGUCAGGCGGCGGCGGCGUCAAUCUCACAGCCGACCAGCAGCAGUACCUCGUCUCAACCGCCCUGAUCGUCAGCGGUCUGCUCUCCGCCAUCCAAAUCACCCGCUUCAAACUCGGCAACACAGGCUACUAUCUCGGCACGGGUCUGAUCUCUGUCGUCGGCAUCUCCUUCGCUAUCAUCCCCGUCGCCUCAGGCGCCUUCGCCCAGAUGUACGCCAACGGCUUCUGCCCGGUCGCUGAGGACGGCACCAAGCUGCCGUGCCCUCAAGGCUACGGCGCAGUCCUGGGCACAGCAGCCGUCUGUGCCCUGGUCGAAAUCGCCAUCUCUUUCGUCCCGCCCAAGAUCAUCCUGCGCGUGUUUCCACCCAUCGUCACUGGCCCGACGGUCAUGCUGAUCGGCAUCAACCUGAUCGCGUCCGGCUUCAAGAACUGGGCGGGCGGCAACGGCUCCUGCUACGGCGACAACCCGGCCCCCGAGUUCGUCAAGUGCCCUAACAUCUACGCGCCGCAUGCGCUUCCCUGGGGCUCACCCGAAUUCCUGGGUCUGGGUUUCUCCGUCUUCGUGACCAUCAUCCUGUGCGAGCGCUUCGGCUCGCCCAUCAUGAAGAGCGUCAGCGUCGUCAUUGGCCUGCUGACCGGCUGCAUCAUCGCUGCCGCGUGCGGCUACUUCGACCACAGCGGUAUCGACAGCGCGCCAUCGGCCAGCUUCAUUUGGGUGCAUACCUUCAAGCUGACAGUGUAUGGCCCGCUGGUGCUGCCGCUGAUUGCCGUGUUUAUCAUCUGCGCAUGCGAAGCCAUCGGUGACAUUACUGCCACCUGUGAUGUCUCGCGUCUCGAGGUCGAUGGCGAGAUCUAUGAGAGCCGUAUCCAGGGUGGUGUCCUGGCCGAUGGCAUCAACGGCCUCCUGGCUGCGCUGUGCACCAUCACGCCCAUGACCACCUUCGCCCAGAACAACGGUGUCAUUGCCCUCACUCGCUGCGCGAACCGUUCUGCAGGCUACUGCUGCUGCUUCUUCCUCGUAAUCAUGGGCAUCUUCACCAAAUUCGCGGCCUCCCUCGUUGCGAUCCCCUCCGCGGUCCUCGGCGGCAUGACGACCUUCCUCUUUUGCUCCGUCGCCGUCUCCGGCAUGGCCAUCAUCGCGAAGAAUCCGGGCCCCAAUCCCUUCUCCCGCCGCAACCGUUUCAUCCUGACUGCCGGCCUAGCUUUGGGCUAUGGCGCGACGCUGGUGCCCGACUACUUCUCGCACGUGUUCACGUACGAGGGUGACAACAAGGCUCUACGUGGUUUGUUGGACGCUAUUGAGCUGGUCAUGGAGACCGGGUUCGCGGUAACGGCGAUCGUGACACUCAUUCUGAACCUGACGCUGCCGCAGGAUAUGGGCGAUGAGGUGGUCGUUUCGGCGGUUGCGCCCGUGCCAGAGGGCUCGACGGUGGCUGCAGGCGGUUCGAGCGGGAGGGUGACUCCUGAUGAGAAGGUUGUCAAGGCUGCUUGA